AUGAACAUGGCCGCCGGCUCGGCCGGCCCAGUUGGGAGGAGCGAUGACGGAAUACCAUGGCCGUACCCACCAGAUCUACAGCCGAGGCUGGAUCUAUGCAUUUCUUUUGGCAGCACCGGUAUAAUCGAACGGUUACCCUGCGGAGACAAGAUCAAAAAGUCACCUCACCCCAUGGCAUGCUCCUGGGACAAGAUCCUUAUGCGCAAGCAACUCCAGCGUGAAUUCGAGGUGUACCAGCGACUACCUAGCCAUCCGCGCCUUAUCCGUAUGUUUGGCUUUUCCGAACCCGAUGACGACGGCGAACGAGGACUUAUACUCGAAUAUAUGCCCAAUGGCAGUCUUAAGGCUGCCCUCGAAUCCGAUACCGAUAUCCCUGUGGAACGUCGCGUACAAUGGUGCGUAGAGGCGGCAGAAGCGGUUGUCCACCUCCACUCUUACGGCAUCAUCCACGCCGACAUCAGGCCCGAGAAUAUGGUUCUAGAUGCAAGACUUGGUGUUCGGAUCAUCGACUUUUCCGGCGCCUCGAUUGAUGGGAAGGAGGCCCUCUCGCUCGAGAGCACCAGGUUCUUCCUGAUACGAAACGUAAGGGACAAGGCGAAUGCAAUGUCACAACAGAUCUCUUCGCUCUAG